AUUCAUUCGAUGGGUGGUGGGUGCUCGGUGUAGCGUGUAGCUGGUGCUCGUUUCUCCCACAUUAAUCUCGUUGAGGUCUGCCGCGAAGUCGUCACGCAUCAGCCAUCGUGUGCGUGUCAUGUGUUUCCUCUAUCCAUCUACAGUGAAUUGGUUUUUUUGUGAAUUGAAAAAAGCGAGUAAAAAUAUACAUAUUAAGAAAGAAGGAUACAUAUAAAUCGAAAAAAAAGUAUAAUUAUAAAGAAACUUUAUGUCGAAGGAAGGGCAAAUGAAAUUUAUCACACGUCGCUGCAAGUGAGAGAUUUUUAAUAUAAAUAAAUAGGAAAACAUUCUUCUUUCAAGAUAGUGUUAUUUGCUCGACUUGGUACUGGGACUUAUUAGAGAUAAUUUUUCGAAUCGCGAUAGUAUGGCUUUUCUCGCAACUGUUGGUCUGCUAACUCUACUUUAUUAUCUCGCCUAUCUCAUUUUUCCCUCCAUUUUGGAUUGCGAUCUAUUGCUCGCUUUGAAGGAGAUAUUCGGCAAGCCUGUAGUUUCAUUGAAAGGCAAAGUCGUAUGGAUAACAGGUGCGUCCAGCGGUAUCGGAGAGCAAUUAGCCUAUGUGCUAGCCAAAACGGGCUGUAAAUUAAUCUUGUCCGCUCGGAGGAUCCACGACUUAGAAAAAGUGAAGAGGAAAUGUCUGGAAGAAAACGAAUACUUGAGCGACAAUGAUGUGGAAGUAUACCCUUUGGACCUGCUCAAUUUUGAUUUGCACGAGAAAGCGUUCCAACACGUGAUCGAGAAAUUCGGCAAAUUGGAUAUACUUGUUAAUAAUGCCGGUCGCAGUCAAAGAGCACAAUGGGAGAAUAUCGAGAUGGCAGUCGACAAAGAGAUGUUCGAGUUGAAUGUAUUUUCCAUCAUAUCCUUGAGUAGAUUAGCGGUUAAGCACUUUUUACAGACAGGCGAGGGUCAAAUCGUCAUUAACUCGAGCGUUGCAGGUUUUUUGCCGGUGGCUAGGUCAGGGACCUAUAGCGGUGCUAAACAUGCAUUGCAUGGUUAUUUCAAAUCGUUGUUGCUGGACCACCAUGAUAAACAUAUCGAUGUGACGAUCGUUUGUCCGGGUCCGGUGCAGACCAAUUUUCUAGCCGAAAGUUUCACAGAGAAAUCUGGUGAGAAAUACGGCAUAAACACAGAAGUAGACAAAAACAAAAUUAGCGCAAAACGUUGCGCAACUUUAAUGGGUGUAGCGAUUGCGAAUAAGUUGGACGAAGUAUGGAUCGCCAAACCGAAUACGUUGCGAUUGAUUUAUAUACUUUAUUGUUUCCCGAAUUUUGGAAAAUGGUUGGUGAAGACUCUGGGCACAAGAUAUCUAAUGAAAUUACGGGAUGCUAAAGUUUCCAGUAAGGACUAAUCUUGUUAUUAUCAUUAGAAUAGUUUAAUAAUAAUUGGUGAUCAUUUUUAUAUUGUGUGUUUUGUCAAAGUUCUUUUUGUAAUGCCAUAUGAAAUUAUGUAUUAAUAUUAUGCUAUAAUAUAUAUUAAUAUUUUCAAUA